GACUGUGAUGUUAUGAGCUACAUCAGAGAGACAUGUGGUUGUUGUGACUGUGAGAAGAGAUGCGGGGCGCUGGACAURGUGUUUGUGAUUGACAGCUCAGAGUCAGUGGGCCUGACCAACUUCACCCUGGAGAAGAACUUUGUCAUCAACACCAUCAACAGACUGGGYUCCAUGGCAACACACCCACAUUCAGAGACAGGAACCAGGGUUGGUGUUGUGCAGUACAGUCACAACGGGACCUUCGAGGCCAUCCGACUUAAUGACUCCAACAUAGACUCCAUCUCUGCCUUCAAGGUGGCUGUGAAGAACCUCCAGUGGAUAGCCGGGGGCACUUGGACACCCUCCGCUCUGAAGUUUGCCUACGACCACCUGAUCAGGGACAGCCGGCGGACCAGAGCCAAGGUGUCGGUCGUGGUCAUCACGGACGGACGCUUCGACCCGCGGGAUGAUGACUCUCUGCUGACCUACCUCUGCAACGACCCCAGCGUGGACGUGAACGCCAUCGGGGUCGGGGACAUGUUCGGCCGGGAAGGACAGCACGAGAGCCUGGAGUCCAUCGCAUGCCAGAGGCAUGAUCGCGUGACGGGGAUGACACGUUUCGCUGACCUGGUGGCGGAUAACUUUAUAGACAGGAUGGAGUCCGUGCUCUGCCCCGAGCCCAUCAUUGUUUGCCCUGACUUGCCCUGCGUAACAGAACCAGAGGUGGCACAGUGUAUUGACAGACCUGUAGAUCUGGUGUUCCUUCUGGACGGUUCUGAGCGUCUCGGUCAUGAGAACUUCAACCAAGUCCGUGACUUCGUCCAGCACUUGGCGAACCACCUGACGCUGGCGCACAACAAGAACGACGGCCAGGGAGCCCGCAUGGCGCUGCUGCAGUACGGAGGAGAAGAUGAGCAUCACCUGGCCUUUCAUAUGACCCACGACCUUCCGUCCAUCCUAGAGGGUCUGGCCAGUAUGGACUAUCAUGACAUGUCUUCUUCUACGGUGGGGGCGGCCAUCUCACACACCGUAGACCACGUCCUGACGCGGCUCAACGCCCGCCAGACCAGACGCCACGCCGAGCUCAACUUCGUCUUCAUCACUGACGGCGUCACCGGGAGGAAGGGGCUGGAGGAGGGGGUCGACGCCAUGCGAAACAACCAGGCAGUCUCCACGGUGAUCGCCAUGGGGACCGACGUGGAACAGGAAGUGUUGGAGAAGCUGGCCUUAAAGGACCAGUACGCCAUCUUUAAAGGAACAGACUUCUCUGAGCUCAACAAGCACAGCUUCCUAGAUCGGUUCCUUCAGUGGGUCUGUUAGAGGGGAAAUUUUGAUUUGGACUGUCACGUUUAUGGAUUUCACCGUUUUAAAAGGAUUGAGGUCAAGUUAAUGUUGAUAAUUAAUGGAUUAGGGUUAGUUUGAGGGUCAGGGUGUAAAGGGUUGUUUUAAAGAUUAGUGUAAAGGUUGUUUAAGGAUUAGUAUAAGGGUGUACACUUCCCUCAUUGAGAUCAUCCAUGUCUGCAUUGAUUUACCAUCAAGUGAAAGCUCAAGCAUAAGCAAUAGUCAAUACAAGAUCAGUCACAGGGCUGUUUGUUUGUGUUUCAAUGGAUUUUGCUAAAUAUUGUAUUAAUUACGUACAAACUGGAUAUGUUUUAUAAGAAUUCAUUAAAGAAUUGUAAGUACUGUUCAGCAAACAUACCCAUUUAGA